AUGUUAAUCGAUACUGAAGGUCUUUUAUCCAUAGAAAAGAGUGAUAAUGAAUACGAUAGGCGCUUAGUUUUAUUCUGUUUAGCUGUGUCACAUUUAGUUAUUGUCAAUAUGAUGGGUGAUGUCAAUGAAACAUUAAAAGAUAUGUUAACAUUAUGUGCAGAUUCAUUAAAGCAAAUUGGUGUAAAUAAAGUCAAUCAACCAAUUGUUCACUUUGUUUUAAAUCAAAAAGCUGGUCCGAACUUAAAAAAUCAUACAGAGGCUAUCGAAAGAAUAAUUCGAGAUUUUAAAGAAAAAGAAUUAGCUGAAGUUAUUGAUAUCAGUCCAAAAACAUUUCAUACAUUACCAUCAGCAUUUAAAAAAGAACGUGUAGCAAAUGAUGCUCAGAGUCCAUGUUUUAUACGGACGGAACCGGAUUUUAUUCAACGUACUCAACAAUUAUGUGAAAAAAUUAUUGAAUCAGCUAAAUCAUCUUACGGACGGUCUGGUCAGACAAUAUCUGAUCCACCUCAAUGGUUCAGAACAGCUGUUACUAUAUUUGAUACUUUACAAAAAUUUCCAGAUUUAACAUAUUUUAAAGAUAUUAACGAACGCCGACAACAUUACCGAAUCGACUGA